CCUUCCGCUUCCGCUGCCACAGCCGCCGCCAUGAUCGGGGACCUGCUGCUCUGCGGGACGCUGCUGGUGAACGCCGGCGCCGUGCUCAACUUCAGGCUGAGGAAGAGGGACACGGAGGGCUUCGGCGAGGAGCCCAGGGAACCCACCACCGGUGACAAUAUCAGAGAGUUCUUGCUCAGUCUAAGAUACUUUCGAAUCUUCAUUGCCUUGUGGAAUGUCUUCAUGAUGUUCUGCAUGAUCGUGUUAUUUGGAUCUUGAGAGUCAUCCACAAAUGCGUCUGUCAACUUGGAAGAGACCUUUGGCUGGAAACACAACUUUUCUAUGAAGUAAAAGAUGAUAAUCCUUUCAAAACACAGCCCUGGGAUCGUGGCCUGUUCUUCAGCACAAGCUCCCAACACGCUCAAGGAAUGUGACAUGUUUGUCCUCUUCAGCCAGUCGGGUAAUGACACGGUACAUGCUGGUUCGCUUGCUGCCGGGGGAUUGAGCCUUCAGGCCCCUAAGCCAAAAACCUUCAAAGUAAAAUUAUUUCAACUUUACUGAAAUAAAGAGACCUUUAAAUCAUUUCACUAAGCUCAGAGUGCGGUGCCCGGUAUGCGGGGUAGACUUGAGCAUGAUUGAAGACCACAGUGUUAAAACCCUGUGCUGUUUAGUCACUCCCAGCUCUGGAUGUGUCUGCUGAUGUCACCAUGGUCUGGGUCACUUGGAAGUCACGCUUCUUGAUUCUCAUUUUUAUGAAGUUGAGCAAAGUAUCAAUGUAACUUCACCCUUUUCCAUUUAGUUUUGUUGGAGGAAUAGAAAAGGAUGAUGAAAAAAAAAACGGGGAUUCUCACCUCCUGUUUUUCCAACAAAAUGCUGUUUAAAUUAAAAUUUCAAAGAUAAAGGGUUUUCUCUAAGCAACAUGUGAGGCAUUUUGAAUAGGACAGAUAGCAAAAAUAAUCCUAUAAGCCAAUGCUAAGGAGUAAUUUUGGAAUAAUCUUGGAUUUGGUUGAAUAAAGUUGUUCGAUGUAAGGGUAAAACACA